UGGUAGUCAGGUUUAUUUCUUUAGUCAUGUUGUAUUUUGUGGUACUUCUCGCCGUCCUCUCCGGCUGCAGUGGCAAUCGGCAAGCUGCAGCAGAAGCAAUACAACAAUCCAUCUUUGGUUCGAGGGAGCAAUUGGAAGGGCCUGUAGAGAUGAUGGUUUACUCUGAAGAUCACAGGAGCGCUUCGAAAUCUAGUCGUAAUCGUAAAGGGAGUCACAUUCAAAGAAGACCAAGCGACAUGCGCGUAGAGGAACUCAGCUCUGAUAACAAUGAUAGGGGCCAUACUUCCUACUCGUUUGAGGAGCUGAGUCAUAUGUCUGUAAAACAAGCACCUAAACAACGUGCACCAUUCUAUCGUCCGAGUGAAAACGAGGGCCUCCCAGUAGUGGAGGCUUGUCAAGCUGUUGAGUGUCAUCUGAAUCUAGUCCUGAUUAUGGAUUCCUCUGGCAGUGUUGGCUAUCAGGACUACCAACUAGAGCUGUCCUUCGUUAAGACUCUUCUUGAAAUUAUGGCAGUAAAAGCACACGAUGCUGGUGUGAAGGUCUGCACAGGAAUAGUUUCCUACUCAACACGAGUACAUGUGGAGGUAGACCCCUGCUGUGACAACUCUUUCUGCAGAGUCGUGGACAGGUUUGAUGAUAGGCUGAUGCAGUACAGGGCCGGCUCUACUAACACUAACGGCGCCCUCAAGGUAGCAAGACAAAUGCUGCAAGCUGCAGCAAGUUACAAGAAAGUGGCUAUUUUGAUCACCGAUGGAAAGUCAAACACUGGAGGAAGUCCUGUUGCUUUCGCAGAACAAAUGAGGAGAGAAGAUGGUAUCGACAUUGUGGCACUCGGAGUAACGAAAUAUGUAAACGAGGCUGAGCUGAAAGGAAUAUCAGGGAUGGAGUUUGUUACCAAGAUAGAUGUCUUCGACGAAUUCCACGAGCUUGCCACUAUUCUUCUUGAAGCUAAUUACCUGGGCGAUGAGUACGACUUGGAAACAUCCUUUGAAGACAUCUGCUCCGAGGACUACUCUAGCUUCCAAAUGGAGUGUGAAAGAGAAGAUCCGCCAGAAGAGGAGGAGGAUGAGUGCGAAUGGGGAGCAUGGUCGAAUUGUGUUAGGAAGAAGAAUAACAGAUGUGUCCAGACUCGGACCUGUAAAUUGGAGGGAAGUGUUGUGGAGAACGAAAAACAGGAGUGUUCUUGUUCGGAAGCAGCGAAUUUUAUGUCAUCUCUUCGUUUGAAACAUACCCCUUCCAAAUCCCACCGACUACACAGCAGCAGAAGAGGACGAGUUUAAGGAAAAGUACAGAAUCAGGUCUCAGAAUUAUGAAACUUGAAGAUUAUCUUGAUUCCAAUCAGACUUUAUUUCAAAUCAGAAAUAUGAAAAUCAUUAUUUCAUUUUGUUUGUUAAUAAACAUUGAACAGAAAUCUUGUUGACUACUUUUUAAAUUUGGGCAAAAAAAAACAUUUUGAUUUGAGGAACAUUAUUAAAAAUGAAAUGAAAUUUCGAAUUUUAAUUUGAAAUCAAAUAA